GGUGGAGGUGUCCCCCCCCUUUCCCCCGCCCGCCUAAUUCAGGAGAUGGCCACUCUGGGGAUGCGACCGUCACCAGGAUGCGGUCGGGGUGGCCGGCAAAUCCCCGCGUGCGGAGGGUACCGAGGCAGGGGCUGUCGGGCCAAGUGCGUGGGCUGCCGUCCACGCCAUCCCCUCCCCUCCAAAGCCAUGGCUUCCAAACUCCUGCGCGCGGUCAUCCUCGGGCCGCCAGGCUCGGGUAAAGGCACCGUAUGCCAGAGGAUCGCCCAGAACUUUGGCCUCCAGCAUCUCUCCAGCGGCCACUUCUUGCGGGAGAACCUCAAGGCUAGCACGGAAGUUGGCGACACGGCAAAGCAGUACCUAGAAAAAGGUCUUUUGGUUCCAGAUCAUGUGAUCACACGUCUAAUGGUGUCAGAACUGGAGACCCGGAGCACCCAACACUGGCUGCUAGACGGAUUCCCGAGGACGUUAGUACAGGCAGAAGCCUUGGACAGAAUCUGUGAUGUGGACCUAGUGAUUAGUCUGAAUAUUCCUUUUGAGACACUUAAGGAUCGUCUGAGCCAAAGAUGGAUUCACCCUUCUAGCGGGAGAGUCUAUAACUUGGACUUCAACCCUCCUCAAGUGCUGGGAGUUGAUGACAUCACUGGUGAGCCACUUGUCCAACAAGAAGAUGAUAAACCCGAGGCAGUCGCUGCGAAACUACGACGGUACAAGGAUGCGGCAAAACCCGUCAUCGAACUGUACAAGAGCCGCGGAGUGCUCCACCAAUUCUCCGGGACGGAGACGAACAAAAUAUGGCCCUAUGUUUAUACCCUUUUCUCAAACAAGAUCACGCCGAUUCAGUCCAAAGAAGCAUACUGAGCCUGCCCUCGGAAGAACCCAGAAGACGUGGUCAUUCAUUCAGUCAUGCGUGUAGCCCUGGUGCCCUGGCCACAUUAGAAGCUAGCUGAGAUAGCUUGCGUCCGUUUCAGUGAAUGAAGUAAUGAGGAAACACCUAGUGGGUAGAAAGCAUCCACGAAGACACCCUCCUCCUGCCUUUGAAGAGAGAACACAGAGCUCUGCAGGGGCAACAGCGAGCCCAGGCUGGAUUUCCACCCGUGUUGAGCCCGUACUCCAGAUGGGUUGCAGCCAUGCGCUGCUGUCGUGAUCUGUUUGCACGCGAUGGUGGUGGAAUCUCUGGUUCGUGCCACCUUCCACAGGCUAGUGAACCACGGCGCUGUCAGCCUGAGAACUGUGGUCCUGGCUUGUCCUCCGCCGUACCCUCCUUGAUGAUAAUUGAAUUGAUGCUAAUUGCACUCAGCGACGGCUUCUCCACGGCGACUGCUCCACCCUCUGAUCUCAGACAUCCUAGUUUCUGCUGACUGUGUCCUCUCUCCUUUGCUCGCUCUCUUCAUAAGCUGUUCGGUAACAUGAUAGUCCCCGCCUUUAUCCCUCUAACCUCCUCUCUCUUCACACUGGGAACCAGGGGAACUGAGCCAGGCAGAGAGCUCACUUUGUGAAGCAGCUGCUCUGACUGUCUUGAACCCACUCUGUACCUUCUAUUGUUUAAAAACGAUUAAAAAUGAUUCCCUAAAGUUUUUGGGAAUUCUCAAAAAAAAAAACAAAACCAACAAGGGAAAUGUUCACUUAAGGAAAUGUGGGACGAUCGUCUCUUCUGCAUAGAAGUAGUAAUCACGUGGAAAUCACUGGACUAAUGAGAUGGUUUCGGCUUCUUUAUUCAAGGCAAGGUGAAUAUUGAAUGUGCUGCUAAUUAUAAUGCUGACAAUGUUUUUUGUCUGAGUGAUCCUGGCAGAUGGCAAGAAGUCAGUUAAGGGAGCAAGCCUGUGGGCUUGGAGCCUCUUGCACUAGGCAUCCAGUGCACCUGCACUGAGUAAGACGGCUUUGCCACUGUGGGAACGCAGAAUCUUCUCGUUUUCUUCCUGUUCCAAAGAUGCAGUCUAUAGGUGGCCAUGAAGUCCAGAAAUGAAGAUGCUAAUAUCUUGUCAAUCAUCAUGUCAAUAAAACAUUUGUUUGAAAGACUUCCCUGGUUUCCAGACUUGUUGGCCACCUUGUAUAAUUCUUACUCUUCUCUGGGAAGAGAGGCGACAUUUCUUCCUGCUGCCUUAAGGUGUCCUGCCCCCGCCUGUCCCCCAGGGAGUGUCCUUUCCUACUGGUGAUUUAGUGUGACAUCUCAUAGUCUGUGGGGGCAGGGUGUGGGUGGGCAUAGCACUUUAGUGGUGUUGACACAUUACAUUUGGAAGGUGUCUGUGGAUCCCCGGUCCAUUCACUGCGGUCUGUUCUGUGUACCGAUGAGUCUGUCUUCCUUACUGUGCUGCCUGGACUCUGUGGCUCCUCUCAGUGUCCUCCCCUGUGCAUGUUCUUCAGCUGUCUUGAUGGAAAUGCAGACCAGCAUCCCUCCGCAUGUUCUCGAGUGGAGACGCCUGGCUCGGGCCUGUGACCAUGUGGGCGCUGUCAAUGUUGAUGCUGACUACUUUUGGAAGCUUGCAUUUGGAUGUCAUUUGGUAGGGGUCAGGGGAGACAUAUAAAGUCCAAGGGAGGCAGGUCGGGCAUGGGAAACUACUUGCUGUCUAGAGGAGGAUCACCCUGAGAUUAGUUCCACAAACCAAGGGAAGUAGAAACUGAAAGGAAUUUGGGGUAACUCAGGAGGGGAGGAAAUAACUUCCAACUUAAUUUCUUCACCUCUUUUAAAGAUUGGGGUGUGACCAGGUCGCUGCCUGCACACUCUGUUCUUCCGUCUUUUUUCUGUUUGCAUUUCAAGCUCAGUAGUCUAUGGUAGCUAGCACUGGGACACUAGGGGCCAGGAGUGUCUGUCUGCUGGUGAGACCAGGAAGAGGCAAAAAUGUCUUUUCCAAGGUCUUUGCUGAUUUUCACGUUCAUUGGCCGAAAAAAGGACAUCUGGUUUUCUGUACCAGACUUGCCUGUUCUUUUUUUUUAAAUGACUUUGUCAAAAGAGCGUUAAUACUGAAAAUACCUUGACAGAGGUAGAAUGAAAGAAGCAUCUUGUCCUUCCCAUCCGUGCAUGCCUUUCCCUCAGAUGGAAGCCAAGAGUCUGGGUAGUUUCUGAGAUUCCAGACUGAUCUUAAUUCACAGGCUCCACCCAGCUCUUCAUUCAGUUUGCCUCCCACCCCCCUUUUGCUUAGAGCUUGGGAAACCCUGUGUGUCAGUUCCUCUAGUAUUAUGACAUAAAGGUGCUAUGAAAGAGGCCUUCUGAGUGGAUUGUGUACUCUCAGGGCCUCCAUAAGCAUCUUGGUGACUCUUCCCAUGAAGUAGACACAACCAAUCCUUCUGAUGAUCAAGGAGUCCAGGUUGGGAAGUCUUGCCCAGGCUCUUGAUACAAGUGAACAGUACAGCUUUGACCCACUCCCAGGUUUUCCUGCUUCAGAAACCACAGAUUUUUAUUGGAUGUUAGCUGUCUGUCUUGCCCUAAGCACCCCCCGCCCCCAGUUGUGCUUGUGGGUUCAGGAAGAGUGGCAGACAUCAUUGGAGUGGCUUAGGCAAAGGAACUUGCCAGAAGAGUCUUCUAAUUACAAGGCUGGGUUUGGACCCAGGCUGACUGGCCUCAAUUCAGGUAUCUGAAGCCAUGCAUCCCAUAUGAAGAAAACCUACCAUCUAUUAAAACCUGAAAGGGAUCCAUAAGUGCUAUUCCUAAUUGUUGUGGUGAACUGCAUAGUUCUUGGCAGAAUAAAUGUCAUCACCUGUGCCUGGGCACUCCAUGGUUUGGCCAUUCUGUAUGGAGUUGGGUGUGAAGGAGACAGGCUAUGCUAUUGGCCCAGAUAACAUCCAUGUAGACUGUAUCUCUAGUGACAGAAAGCUAUAGGGAACACAAGUCUUGCAAUAAAAGAUCCUUGUCUCGAACUUUGGAAAGGAUCAUUACCUCUCUGGGAUUAGAAGGGAAGAAAAUUUUGUCUUUGUGGAAACUGCAAGCGAUGUUCGGGCUCAAGGCUUUUCUACUUUUGUUAGAAUUUGUACUACUGAAUUCAUUGUUUCUGAGGUGGGCAGGUCUCUGGGGGAAUAUGUUGCUAUGAUGGCAUCUCACUGUGAUCUCCCGAAGUUCAAGGCAGUCUUCUAGCCCAGUGCCACCUGUCUUCCCUUCACUGGCCUGUGAAAAACGGCUUAAGUUUUCCAGGAGCUGACAGGCCUGUUUUUCUUUAGUGUGACUGUUGAUGUUCCUGAUUUUGGCAUAUAUGCUUAAUUCAAAGUAUCUGAAUGUGUUCUGUAUAUGCUAUCCUAACUAUUCAUUGUAUUAAUUGGUUUUUCUUUUUUGUUGUUAUCUUGCUUGAAGAUUGAUUUGUAUUCAAUUUGCUAGAAAUAAACGUUUUCCUGCUUGAUGCAAUCAA